GGCCAACCCGCCGAUCGCAGACCCUCCGUCCAUAAUCCAUCUAUCAAAGCCCAGAAGAGGGGAACAAACCUGAAUAUAUAACCCUGCACCACCUAACUCCCUCACUCCCUCUCUCACCAACCUCUCCUCCUCCCAAAAACCACCCCCUACCAAAACAACCCCGACAUACCCACCAAAAUGCCCAUCACCAACCGCGCCACCACCCUCCUCGACCACGCCGCCUCCCACCACUACGGCAUCCCCGCGAUGUGCUGCUACAACGUGGAAGGAAUCCUGGCGACCGUCCGCGCCGCCGAAGACAAGCGCUCCCCGGCCAUGAUCCUCCUCUUCCCGUGGGCGGUGACCUACGCGUCGGGGCUCCUGGUGCACGCCGCGGCCGAAGCCGCACGCAACGCCACCGUCCCGAUAACCGUACACAUGGACCACGCGCAGACACCCGAGAUGAUCCGGCGCGCGGCCGACCUGGGCGGCUUCGACAGCAUCAUGGUGGACAUGUCGCACUACGAGAAGGCGGAGAACCUGGCGCUGACGCGCGAGCUGGUGCGCUACUGCAAUGAGCGCGGGAUCGCGACGGAGGCCGAGCCCGGGCGGAUCGAGGGCGGGGAGGACGGGGUGGCGGACACGGCGGAGCUGGAGGGGCUGUUGACGACGAGGGAGGAGAGUAGGGAGUUUGUUGCGACGGGGAUCGAUUGGUUGGCGCCGGCGUUUGGGAAUGUGCAUGGGGAGUAUGGGCCGCGGGGGAUCCAGUUGGAGUAUGAACGGUUGAGGGGGAUAUUUGGGGAGGUGGGGAAGGAGGUGAGGCUGGUGUUGCAUGGGGCGGAUCCGUUCACGGAGGAGAUUUUUGCGAAGUGCAUUGAGUGUGGAGUGUCGAAGGUGAAUAUCAAUAAGGUGUUGAAUAAUGAGUAUGUGAGGGUGCAGAGGGAGAAGGCGGGGAGGGUGCCGCUGACGGCGCUGUUGGAGGAGGCGACGGAUGAGAUGCAGAAGGCGGUGGAGAGGUGUAUGGAUAUGUUGAAGUCGUCGGGGAGGUAUCCUUGAUUUUGUGUUCUUUUGUGGUUUGUGGUGGUGGGCGCAUGAGUAUGGUUGUUGUGGUGAGAAUUGGAUGACCUUAGGGGAAUUGUAUAUAAAUGGUCUGAAUAAGAUGCACUUAAGACAUAUUCAU